ACAACAUCUUCAGCAAGUUGUGGAACAGGUGGAUGAACUCAAGCAAGAGAUACAGAAAAAGGAUGCUGAUUUACAAGUGAAGGAGCAGGAGUUUGACAAGCUCAUCAAUGAUUUCCAGAACCUCAGAUGGGAAAAAGAAGAAACAGAAAAGAAGUUGAACACAUCUGUGACUGAGCUUGAAUGCUUAAGAUCUGAAUUAUCAAAACAGGACAGCAGAAUCAAGGAGCUCACCGUUCAGUUAAAUGAGACAAAUGAACAAAGGAAAGAGUCUGUAGAACAAGAAAAGGAAGUUGUGAGAGAGCGUGACAGUCAGUUACAAACUCUGCAGAGAGAGUUGGAGAACGUCAAGAUGAUGAAUGAAAACUUAGUCUUGUCACUUCAGUUCUGUGAAGAAGAAAUGAAGAAGGUGAAGGAAGUAUGUCAGCGUGAGCAAGAAGCUGCCAGUCUUGCUAUCAGAAAG